UUUGAAUUUGACUACUGUCAGAGCCUAUUGAUCAAACUAACUGGGUUCUGGUAAGGGUUUGGGGAUGGGUAAAUGUCAUGGGAUUCCCGGACUGUAUGAUUGAUUGUCAUUGCCACAUAGCAGACCCUCAAUUUAACGAGGAUGUGGAUGAUGUUAUACAAAAAGCCAGAGAGGCAAAUGUGAAAGGUAUUGUGGCCGUACCUGAGUUUCCUUCUGAUUUUAUCAAUGUGAUAGCCAUAGCUGACAGGUAUCCGGACAUAAUUUUACCGUGCCUUGGACUUCACCCAGUUCAGGAGGCGAAAGAAGACGGCAAGCACCGAAGUGUCACAGUUGAGGAGUUUGAGAGGGUGGUGCCGCUGAUUGAAAAACACCAUGGGAGAAUCGGAGGUGUAGGGGAGGUUGGUUUGGAUUUCCUUCCCAAAUUUGUGCAAGGAGAAAAUGACAAAGAUGCCCAGAGGAAGGUGUUUAAAUGCCAGAUUGACUUAGCCAAGAAGUAUGAUCUGCCACUAAAUGUGCACUCUAGAUCUGCAGGAAAGCCAGUUGUGGCCUGGUUAAAGGAGCAUGGGGCUGAGAAGGUACUACUUCAUGCUUUUGAUGGCAGAAGCGCAGUGGCCUUGGAAGGUGUACAGGCAGGCUACUUCUUCUCCAUACCUCCCUGUGCAUUACACAGUCCACAGAAGCAGAAGUUGAUAGAAGUUGUCCCCAUUGAUAAUCUACUUCUGGAGACAGACUCCCCUGUCUUGGGGCCUGACAAGCAUAUAAGGAAUGUGCCUUCCAAUGUAGUUGUCUCCUGUGACAUCAUCGCUAAAACCAAAUGUAUGGAUCCGGCAGAUGUGCGGAGGAUAACAUCAGAGAAUGCUUUAAAAUUAUUCCCUCGCUUAAAAGACAUCAUUGAGAUGUAAAAUCAUGAUAUAGGAUCUCAGAACUGUCAGUACUAGUGUAAUGUUAUCAUUUGGUUUUUAAGUUUCUCUCCUUUUGCAUGUCUUAAAGCAUUCUGUGGUUAUGUAUAUGGGGGAUUCAAAUGUGUAUGUUUGUCUCUUCCCUGAUGUUUCCUGACCUGUUAUAUCACCUGACAGUUGUAUGGCUGAAAUGUAUUAUAGUAAAAUCAAAUAAAACCAGAUGUUGACCCAGAUGUUUCAUCUUGUCCUUGGUUAACGGCUGAGGACAUAGCUGGUUGUCUGGCUGUGACAAGUUGUUGGUCAUUGGAGCGAACUGUUCAAAUUUGUUUUUUUCUAUAUCAGAGUUAAGCUUUACGUCAAGAGGUUUGCCAAGUAACUGGUCCUAGCCCUCAGCAC